UAGUAUCACUCUGUGGAGAAACGCACGAAUGAACAGUAGCCAUAAAACUCACGGAUAUUUCUCGCAAUUCCAGUUCUCUCUGUGAUACUUCUCUUUUACAUUUAGAUAAUGUUAUGUUUGGUGCAGGAUAUAAGUGAUGCAAUACAUUCACAUAAAGCCGAACUGAGUUAGAUGGUGUAAAUUGUGUAAAGUACCUUAUACUACUGUAAAAAAAAAACUUCAAACCAGGAACCAGCGGGAUACAUCAAUUACUGCAAAGAAUCACAUUCUUAUCAGACAGUCACCACGUACUACGAAGUCUCCGUUAUCUGAGGACCGUGAUACAGGAGCAGCCGAUGCCUAAAUUCAUACAUUAAUGAAGAAUAGUGUUUCCUUUACUUACAAUAAUGGGUGGCGUUGACUAGUUUUGUUUUUGUCCAUCGUGAGUGUAUUAAUGAAUAACUGGAUCCACCAUGACUGAAGAACAGAGGUCAAAUGACAACUCAUCUAGCACGAAGCCUGCAAGUCACACUCUUAAACCGAACUAUAUGCUCAAGUACACACUCUCAGGCCACUCUAAAGCUAUAUCAUCUGUAAAGUUCAGUCCAACAGGAGAUUGGCUGGCAAGUUCAUCUGCUGACAAAGUGAUCAAAAUAUGGGGUGCAUAUGAUGGAAAAUUUGAAAAAACACUCUCUGGGCACAAACUAGGCAUCAGCGAUGUGGCUUGGUCACAUGACAGUCGGUUGCUUGUUUCAGCCUCAGAUGACAAGACACUCAAAAUUUGGGAACUUGCUUCAGGAAAAUGUGUAAAAACACUGAAAGGACACAGUAAUUAUGUAUUCUGUUGCAACUUCAAUCCCCAGUCAAAUCUCAUUGUCUCAGGCUCUUUUGACGAGAGUGUACGAAUAUGGGACGUGAAGACAGGCAAAUGUCUGAAAACCCUACCUGCACAUUCUGAUCCAGUCAGUGCUGUUAACUUCAAUCGAGAUGGAACCCUAAUAGUGUCCAGCAGCUAUGACGGUUUAUGUCGAAUUUGGGACACCACCUCUGGCCAGUGUCUAAAGACUCUAAUAGAUGAUGACAAUCCCCCAGUAUCUUUUGUGAAGUUUUCUCCAAAUGGCAAAUAUAUUCUUGCUGCUACUCUUGACAACACUCUCAAGUUAUGGGAUUACAGUAAAGGAAAAUGUUUAAAGACUUAUACUGGCCAUAAAAAUGAAAAAUAUUGUAUCUUUGCAAAUUUCUCUGUGACUGGAGGAAAGUGGAUUGUUUCUGGCUCAGAAGACAACUAUAUCUAUAUAUGGAACCUACAAACCAAAGAAAUUGUGCAGAAGCUUGAAGGUCAUUCAGAUGUUGUUUUGUGCACAGCGUGUCAUCCAACUCAAAACAUCAUUGCUUCUGGAGCAUUGGAGAAUGACAAAACAAUUAAACUCUGGAAGAGUAACACUUAAAAGGUUUUCACCAUGAAGACAGCGAUACAAAAUAACUAGGAAUUUAUGAUUUUCUACUGUGGAAAUACUAGGAUAUUUGUUGGUGUGUCAAGUACAACUUUCUUGUAGUUUAUGAAAAGAAGUAUAGUUUCUUUCUUUUUUUUUUUUUUUUUUUUUUUUUUUUUUUUUUUUUUUUUUUUUUUUUUUUAUUUAUUUAUUUUUUGGGUGGGGGGUAUUGAAUGGGCAUGUUUACUUUGUAUGAUCCCCUUUCAGAAAAGUAGAAUUUACAAUUAACACUGAAGUCUGAAAGAAAAAAUGUGAAAUGGUUUUAACUUGACAAAAGUUCCAUAUCAAUUAUUAUGAUUGAUUUUAUACUUGAUACCUGUGGUUGUACAAAAUCCCCCAUCCCAUAAAAGAAAAGAAAUACUGCAGUCUUUUUCUGAAAUUGGCUGUUAUAUUGAAUAACGAAACUUCUUACAAGUGAU